GACUUUCGGAAUGAAAAACAGUUUCCUUUUUGUCCAUGACGGGAGAGAGACUGUUACGGGUUAUCAAAACAACACAACAGAACGAUAGAUACGAGACGAGACCAUCGAUUUAAAUCGUGAAGAGGCAAAUUGUUCACUAACUCCUAGAAGAGGGAGAUGGAAGUGCAGGAUCCAGAAUCAGAUGUCCAGGCAUUGAGAAAAUUAUAUGGGCUUCUCCAAAGAAACCAAAACGACUCACAAUGUGCCUGUUCUGAUUACAUGUUGGACGAGAAAGCAAAAGUCUUCUUAAAGAACUUACUCGAUGGUGCUACUGUAAGGGUUUUGGCGGCUCAUUCACAGUUCACAUCAGCUCAGGUUGGUGUAUUUGAUGCAUCUCCUCCUGCUACUGAACUGGAGGAGCUAAAAGCCAUGCCAAUAUUGAGGCCACCAUUUUUGCCAGGUCUGUCAAAAAUUUCUCCUGGAGUCGCUCAAAGCACUGCUAAAGCUCUUAAAUUCAAACCAACUCCUCCACGAGAAGAUAAACAAACGCCUGUUAAGCGCACAAAGUGCUUCACUUCUGCCAUCGAACCUGAGAGUAGAAAAAGGUGUUGCAUGGCUGGCGAGCAAAGCUUUGUAAAGCAGACAAAAUUUAUCAAGGAUAACCAUGGCAUGGACAUUGAUAAUCUUCAUCGUCAUAGUGGGUCUUAUUGGGGUACAGGGCAGGUCAAAGGGAUAGAAAUUGAGAAGAAACCUCAUGAGACUGAUUACACGUCAAAAGAAGUUGCUGAUGCCUUCAAAGAGGUUGAAUUCCGCUUUCCAUCUUUGCAGCUAGCCUCUGAGCAUGGGGGUCAAUUAGGGAAGAGUGAAGCUCUACAUGGGUCCUCUGGAAGGAUGGCCAGUUCUAUUCCUGGGAUAGAUUCAGUUACUGUUGCAAAUGGACAUGGCAAAAAGAGCUGGAGGACACUUCAGGUCACCGGUCAGAGUGUGAAGGCCAUUUCAAGGAAAAUGGAAUGGAUGAGUCCAUUGGCGGGGAAAAAUGAUCAUCAUACACCCAGCAAUGCUCAUGAAUCUGCUCAAGGGUUGAUGCUCCCCCCAAAUCCAACCAAUAUCGUAAAUGUGGCAUCUACUUUGCCAUCUGCAACACCCCCGAGGGAGUUAAUCAGGAGUAUUGGGACGUCUCAAACAACAAAGCAGGUUUCUUCUUUAGGAUCCAUGGGUUUAACGAAUAAAAGAUUUGAAGUGGCAGAUUCAGUUCACAAACUGACUAAGGCCACAGAUACAACUCCAAGGGAGAAGAGUACACCAAAUCAGAUGAUUUCAAGGCCAAAACUGCUAGCUCAGAAGCAUAGUCAAUGUAUGUUGUCCCCUACUUUGUAUGGAAACGCGACGGACCAAGAGAACGGUGGAGUCCAAAAAAGUAGUAAGCGGGUGGCCCAAUGGAAAAUAUUGCCCUUUAGACAAGAAUCAGAAGCCACUAGUUCAUCCUCCAGCUGGACAACUCAGGAAGCUAGCCCUACACGUGGCCAAGGGGAUAUGAGUUCCACUAACAGUAGUGAUUGUGAAGGGUACUUCCUGCCAGGUCGGACGGUGGGCCCUUACAUGGGCCCUGCAAGUAGCAGCGAGAGCGAGGGGUAUCCAUUACCAGAUCAGGUACCCGCCCGUCAUCACAUGGAUCUAUCAUCCAGAGUAGUGAGUCCAGCAUCAACUAGUGUGGGUUCAGCCAAGGAUUCCAGAUCAGGCAACCGGGUAAAGCUGAAAAAACAAAGAGGUGGGUUUAGAAGGCUGAAAGACAAGCUGGCACUUGUGUUCCACCACCACCAUCACCACCACCACCACCACCACCACCAUGGUGAUGAUAGUGAUCAAAAGACCAAGGCAGGCCGUGGUACAUCUUUGUGGAAGAAUGCAGGGAAGAUUUUUCAUGGAAAGAGCAAACAGAAGGGUUAUGGAGAACAAGCAGUUGAAGAACAUAGGAAGCCAGUGGUUCGCAAGGUAGCAGAUAAGAACCAGCAUGGGCAUUUCCACAAACUUGUAAAGGGGCUCUUGGGUCAGGUACAGAAAUCUAAGCACUCGAAGCUAUCCAAAGGCGGCAUCAAACAGUUGGGAGGCAGCCGGCGUGGCAAUAAGAAGGUCGCGAAUAAGUUACAGUGGUGGAAAAUGUUUCGUCGCCAAAAGGCUGGGAAACCUCGGAGUAAACCAUAUGGCAACCUAGGAUUUGGGAAUAAGAAGCCCAGGUUUAAAGCAUUACCCAAGACUAAAUGAGCUCUUUUUUUUUUUGUGAUCGGCAACUAGAUGAGUUGUUAUGAUAGGCAAUAUGGUGGGAAACCAUCUACCAUCUUUUUAGAUGUAGCUAGCCACCACCUUCCCUCUCUCAUAGAUGAUCCAUCCACGAUGGAGGGCUGCCGAUGCACAGCCAUUUAACCUAUGGUUUUAGCCCUGCCCUUGAACAAGUUGUAUAUGUAAGAUCCACUCUAACUGAAGCUUAUGAUCUAAGCAACAACAAAUAAUUUGUAAGGAUUUUUUUUCCCAAAUUAAUGGUAUUUAGUCUCAAGAAAACUUUUGACUUAU